GUGGAUAGACAUGUAGAUCUUCUAGAAGUUGCCCAGGAAACUGAUGGGUUUUCAGGAAGUGACCUAAAAGAAAUGUGUCGAGAUGCUGCCCUCCUCUGCGUCAGGGAAUAUGUCAAUUCUACAUCAGAAGAAAGUCAUGAUGAAGAUGAAAUCCGGCCUGUGCAGCAGCAGGACCUGCAUCGGGCAAUUGAAAAGAUGAAGAAAUCAAAGGAUGCAGCUUUUCAGAAUGUUUUGACUCACGUUUGUUUAGACUAGGAGUAAAGAUCAUUUGUACGGUUCCAUGAUCUCAUGGGAUGCACUCUCAUCCUUACAGCAGUGAGGGAGAUCCAUGCUUGUGGUUUUAUACUCAGAUACUAAGUUAGUAAGGUCUGUUAUAUAAACUGUUAUAUUACUGCUUGUCAGAAAUCAUGAAGAGGAAGUUGAGUCCAGCCUGAGUGUCGGUGCUUGUUUGACCUUUUUAGCCAUACGCUGUUACAGCCUUAUAGAGUGUAAGCUGGUCUUAAAGUAGUAAAUGAUUUGUUGAGUCAUUAGUGAGAAAUGGGAUGUGGUUAGGUGCUGGUUUCUAGACAUGUGAGUAUGAAUGUGAGUAUGUAUGUAUGAGUGUAUAUUAAAUGUAUAUAUCCACAGGUUUUUUUAAAUAUUCUGUAGAUAGGUUUGAAUACAGAAGCUUUUUUUUUUUUUUUUUUUUUUUUUUAUUUUAACCCUAACUACGGAAUCCAAAAGCACUAGAUAGUCAGUAGCAAAACUAGGAUUUAAGGCAGGAUCUGACAGGUGCAGUGUGAUUCAGCCAUUCCUAGUUGUCACUUAUUUUGGCCAGUUUUAAGUUGAAAAUUUCCUCUGCAGUUGGUUGAAUCAACCACAUCUGAAUAUGUCCAUGUGUCUCAAUGGUUGUCGGGAGAGUCAAAGACAAACACGAUCUGCUCAGUGGUCAGCAUUGAUUCACCACAUUGUCCUCUAAGACUGAGUAUAAUUUUUAGAGUUUUUACACUGAUUUACAUUAAGAAGGGUUGAAAACCUUCAAAACAAUGGGUUUGAGAAACCUCAGUGCUCUUUAAUACGUGUAUGUGACUCUCAUUGUAACAGUUCUAUAACUGUAUUUGUUAAAUGUUGCUUGAAAGUUACACGUUCUUUAAUUAUGUUCAAAUUUAAUUUGGUCACCAAAAUAAAAUGAUAGUAUAUAUAAAUAGUCAUUACUAAAUGUGCUAAAAAAUGCUCAUUUGGUAACUUUAAUUUAAAAUUUUUCUCAGCAUAGUAUAAAUUGUGUACAAAUACACAUCCGAAUUCUUGUGUUGUAUCUGUAGUCCCUUGAUGUUAUGUGAACCACAUAUAAAACUUCUUUUUUCAAACCUCCAGUAACCAGAAUUCUGCUGCAGGUACCUCAGCAUAUGACAAAGCAAGAAGAUAAUGCCACAGCACAGUCUUAUGGUGCCUCUGAAUCAGCAGAAUGAUUAAAUUAUGGGAAAAAAAAAUGCUUUGUUUUUAUUAUUUGUUUUAUUUUUCUUUGAAAACUAAAUUUCCAUGUGUUUGUUGGAUUAAUUUCUCUAGUGAUGUGUCUCACAAGAACCUGCUGGACACUUUGUUUCUCCAUUUGUGCUUUGGUGGUUGUAGAUUGCAGGAGAAUACUUAGUAUGACAGAAAGCAGCAAGCCAUGCGAUAUUGUGAAGACGAUGGGAAAUGAAUGCUAAUACAAGACACCAAGAAACAUGUCCUGUUUUUAUAAUUUACAAUAAAAGGUCUUUCCUUUUGAUUCUUUUCUUUCCACUAAGUCCUUGAUCUGUUUCAGUUACUUUAAAUUGUGGGUUUUGUUGUUGUUUAUAAAAUUUGUGUUUGGGCAGUUUUUAUCUUGCAUUUGAGAUUUCACACUUUUAUAGCAGACAUUUUAAUAUUGAAUUAUUCUGUUUUAAUAUGAGUUUCAGUAAUUUAAUUUUAAUGUAAUGGCAUGUUCAGAAAUGAGUGAUGUGUAUACUUUGUGUCUUUUCAUCUUCUAUUAAAUUCAGAUUAUCCAAUUA